AUGAACUACUGGUACUCGAUCUUGGGAUCUGAGAUCGAAUUUCACGAGGCUAUGGUAGAGGCCAAGAAGACCGAGCUUUUGAACGCCUUGAAAAGGAGGUAUAAAGUAGCUAUGAAACUUGAGGUUGCGCGAGUUGUAAGUUAUAGGCAGAUCAAAGAGGACACUGCCACGAAAGAUUCAAUUCCAGAGGCAAUUGGUGUCAACAUUGCUAUCAUCGAUGGCACUAGAGCCAAUGCUACUGGUGUGACAGAUACUGAUAAGAAGGAAGUUGGCAAGAAGCAUGCUGGAAAGAAGAUUUUGUGUGAGGGUGGUAGCAAUAAUACUCGCAAUCUGCUUCACGCUGUUAAACUCGCAAAGAUUGCGGUUGUUCAAGGCCCCAUCACUCCUCAAACUACUAGGAUCACCAAAGCUUCCUCCGUCAAGAAAUCCAAGCCUAUACCCACUACAAUGACCCGAGAUAUCGCACUCACCGUCAAAGUAGAUUCAGAUAAUACGUCACUUGACCCCAGCGCUCCGAAGAAGAAGAUAUAUGAGCCUAUGCCUUUUAUCGAGUCAGCAUUCCACAAGGCUCCUCCACCAAAGCUGCCAGAAAGCCUCGCACAAACGUAA